GGCGGUGACGCGACUGUGUGGGCGGGGCGAGGAGGAGGCUGAGGAAAAAAGAGAGACCAUAGACUUCCAACUCGGCCUAGAGCGUCCUUUAAAGUGGUGGGGAGAGGCGGGCAGGGACCACCCCCAACUGGCCGCUGGCGGUAUCAUGGCAUCCCGGAACCCCCCUCCCCAAGACUAUGAAAGCGAUGACGAAUCAUACGAAGUGUUGGAUUUAACUGAAUAUGCAAGAAGACACCACUGGUGGAAUCGAGUAUUUGGCCACAGUUCCGGACCUAUGGUAGAAAAAUACUCAGUAGCUACUCAGAUUGUAAUGGGUGGCGUGACUGGCUGGUGUGCAGGAUUUUUAUUCCAGAAGGUUGGAAAACUUGCUGCAACUGCAGUAGGUGGUGGUUUCCUUCUUCUUCAGGUUGCCAGUCACAGUGGCUAUGUACAGAUCGACUGGAAGAGAGUUGAAAAAGAUGUAAACAAAGCAAAGAGACAGAUAAAGAAGCGAGCAAAUAAAGCAGCACCUGAAAUCAACAAUAUAAUUGAAGAAGCAACAGACUUUAUCAAGCAGAACAUUGUGAUAUCCAGCGGCUUCGUGGGAGGCUUUUUGCUAGGCCUGGCAUCUUAAGGACUUGAAGGCUCUAUGGUAGUGGAUCCAACAAUGAGAGGAAGACUGUGGCAGCAGGGUUAUCUCUUAAUGGCACAUGCUACCAGUCUCCAAAGUAAGGAACAGCCGGCUGGACGAUUGCAAAUGAAGCAGCUUAGCAUUUUGCCGCCUGAAGCUUACCAAGCUAGUAUCUCCUGUAAGACAACCUAUGUGCUGUGUACACAAUAGUAUUCUUGAGCAACCAUGGAUUUUGCAAAUUUUUAAAUUUAACAUUUGUUUAGAAACUAGCCUAUGAUUAUCAUCACUGGAUAUAGUGGAGACAGAAAAAGCUGUUACAUGUACUGUCCAAUGAAAUAUUACCCUAUCUACUUUUCAAAGUUUUUUGUGCUUUACUGUCUAGUGCUAAUAAUUAAAUAUUGUCUUAUAGCUUCAAUGUUAUGGCUGAUUUUUUUUAAAGAUGUGUUUGCAAUAAACUGAAGAAUUGUUUUACCCCUUUGUGGAAGGCAACAAUAGAAUUAUUAAGAUAUUAAACUCUUCUGAUAUGUCAAUCUUUAGUUAGGUUUUUCCCCCUUCUCUUUCUUACUUUGCUUAUGUGUAAUAUUUACAUUAAAGGAGGAUUUUGUAAUGAAAUACUACGCGACUAAAACACUUUCCCUUUCUCUAAUGUCUGCAGUUUUUGAAACGUCUCCUUGUACGUUCUAAUUUUUCAAGUUUGUUUGCUUUAACAGAACUAAUUUGGGAGUAUGUCAUUAGUUGGUCAUUGAUAUGCUUUAUUAAUUUCAAAUGCAUCUCAUUUUUUAUUUCUAAAAAUCCUAAUUAUUUUUUUGUCUCUUCACCAAAAGGUACAGAUUGCUUUAAAAUACUUAAUAGUAUAAUAUGAACUUAUUGUCUGAAGAACUGUGAUUUUCUGUGUAGUCCUAAAAUUAUAGCUUAAAUAUAAUUGCUUCCUUGAUUAUAUGAUGUAAGCACUAGGGCUCUCAGGCAUUGCUAGCGUUCCAUUUCUUGAACAUUAGGCCAGUUUACUUGUUUCUCUGGGCCAGCCUCACACUUGUUCCGAGCAUCUCUUGUCCAAGAACAGCUUUCAAUAUUGUUAUUCUUGUUCAUAGAAUUCUUGGCUGUCCCUGGGGAAAACAGCAGAACAGUAUAGGUUAGAGUCUUCAGACUGGAAAUAUUGCAGCUAUUCAGACUAUCUUCCUGUGAUAGGACACUCCCAUUGUAUACUCUGUGUCUUGUAAAUGUGUCAUUUCAUAUUUUUGAUAUUGGUUACAAGCUGUGUGCUUGUACUGUCUUGAAAUUCUUUAAAUUCAAAUGUACAAUUGAAUUUUAGUUUCUUUUAUUCUCAUUAGUGCCUCAUAUAGAAUGCUAAAUAAAACUCAGUUCCUUAAUAUGAAGUGAUUGUGCUUAUAUAUCCUUGUUAUUCUUUUUUGAGCUUUUCUCCAUUUUCUCUGGCUAAACCUUUCAUUGUUAUAAAACUAAAAGGAACAUAUAUCUUGAUUGUGUUCAGGUCAUGUCAGUAGAACCAUGAGAACCUGGCCCUGCUUCUGAGUACCAUACCUGGGUGUUACUGUGCAGCAAGGCAGGCUACUUCAAGGAACUCCAGUCUUUUUAUUUUGAAGAUGGUUAUAGUGUCUGUUCUUUGGGGGAUAUGUUAGAAGAGCAGGGAAAACACAAUAUAUCAGCUCUCAAGCUUUCAAUUAGAGGCAUUACAAUAUUCCAGUACUGAAGAAUUCAUAUUGUAAUAUGGGAGCUAUUCAAAUACGGUGUUGAGUGGAGAGAAUUUCCUUUAAGAGUCCAAAUAUACAAACGAAAACAAGAGUUGGAAAUGGUGAUAUCCUGCAAUAAUUCCAGCAUACAGAAAGCUGGUGCAGGAGGAUCAGAGUGGCUGGAGGCUAUAAUGGGUAUGUAGUAAGCUCCUGUCUCACACAACAAAGGCUGAGUGUGAUGGUGUUCACCUUUAAUCCCAAGCACCUGGGAGGCAGAGGCAGGCAGGCCUCUGAAUUCACAGCCAACUUGGUCUACAUAUUGAAUUCUGGGCUAGCUAGGUAUACGUAAUAGACCCUAUCUCUAAAACCCAAACCUAACAAAACAACAGCAGCAACAACAACAACAAAAAGCAGGUAACAAAAGAUAACACUUUUAUUGUACACUUCUAAGUCUCUUGAAAUUUUGAAAUGUUUUGUAUGUAAAUGUAAGUUGUUUCCAGUACUCUGUCAUACCUUCCCCUCUCUCAGUCUUCUUGUUUCCCCUCCUGGCUAUGUUGUUUCUUCCUCUAGGUUGAGCAUUACCUGAAACGAUGUGUUACUCAAUCUCUUAACUUGUAUGACAUACGCACUGACUAAAUGUCCCUUAUCUGAA